AUGGCAUCAAAUCAUCUAAGAACAACAUGGUCCCUGAUCGACGAAAUCAGUGGAAAACGCACAAGCUACAGCACAUCAAAAAUCAAACGAAAAGAUGGUACAAAAAUUAACUCAACCAAUGAACUUAUGCAUGAAUGGAAAACAUAUUUCGAAGAACUACUUAACGUCAAAACAAACAUCAAUCUAAACACUCAAGCAAUACCAUCAGCUCCUGAAGACCUACCAAUCAACCAAGGUCCAAUAACAAUCAACGAAGUGGAACAAGCAAUAAAACAAUUAAAAGACGGAAAAUCUCCUGGAAUUGACUAUUCAAUAGCACCUGAAGUUCUGAAAUAUGGUGGUAGAUGGAUUAUGAAUCAACUUUGUAAUAUAUGCAAUGAAAUCUACAACAAUCAACAAACACCAAAACAACUCAACACCAACAUCAUAAUACCAAUACCAAAAAAAGGCGACAAAACGCUUACGACGAACUAG